AUGAAGUUCUCAUCCUUUGGCCUCAUGGCCGGACUUGCUGCAUCGGCAGCCGCCCAAGACCUUCUCUUCCUCGAGGGACUGCAAUACAACGAAUACGAUGAAGCUGUCGCCAUGGGCCUUUCCACCAAGCUCGUUACCGAAGCGGAAUGGGCUGCCAUGAAGACCGAGGAUUUCGCCAAGUUCAAGGCUAUCGUUAUUCCUGAUCCUUCUUGCGGCUCUGUUAGCACUAUCAAGUUUUUGGAGGAUUCAAAGAGCGUCUGGUCUCCUGCUGUGACCGGCAACAUCAUCUUGAUCGGCACUGAUCCUUCAUACCACUUCGGCCAGGGCAAGGCAAAGACCCUGAUUGACAACUCGAUUAAGUUUGCCGCGGCUGGUACCACACCAGCCGGCGUUCCACAGACUGGUCUCUACUUUGCUUUGUCUUGCUACUAUGAGAGCGAAGACUCUGCCAAGGUUGAUGCUCUCUCCUACUUCGGUGACUUCACAGUGCGUGGCAACUUGGAUUGCUACAACAAGGUCCAUCUCGUGGCUCACUCGGAAGCCAUGGAUUCUCUUGAUGACGCCUCCCUGUCUGAUUGGAGUUGCAGUGUCCAUGAAGCUUUCGCAUCAUACCCCUCAAUCGGCAUGAACGGCUUUGAGGCUCUCGCUAUUGCUCAGGACAUCCUCGGCGUCGGCUCUCAGACUUUUGGUGACGGGACCGUCGGAUUGCCAUAUAUCCUUUCUCGAGGUGCUACUCCUGCUAAGUGCGGCGACGGUAUUUGGGACAAGGACUUAGGCGAGGAGUGUGAUGACCACAACACUGUGAACGGCGACGGCUGCUCGCUGAGCUGCAAAUGCGAAAGCGGUCUGCCCAACGGCGACGGAACAUGCAAGCCAGGCAACACGACUACCCCAACUGGUCCCACGGGCACUGGAUACUCUCACCCACCUACGUAUCCCAGCGGAUACUCCACUCCAUCCUACCCAUAUGGAAACUCCAGCGCUACGCCCACCUAUGGCUACCCAGGAGGUUAUACCAAGGCCUACACUCCGCCUCCAUAUGUCACCCCGUCGUGUCCGACUAGCGGCAAGAUCAUCGGUGUUGAAGUCAUCGUCGAAGUUACCCUCUCCGAGACUGUCUACGUCCCGUGCUCCACCUACGAACGACCCAUCUAUGACAUCUCAACCUCGAUCCUCCCUUGCUACGCUUGCGCUAUGAGCACUGAGCACAUCACCUACGUCAGCACCGACUUCUGCACGGUCACCACUACAGCAUGCCCAUCUUGCUCCGGCGGCGUUCUGCCAACCUACAUCCCGCCCGUCAUCCACACCUGCAAGACUUGCGAGGGCUACACGUUCACGGAGACGGAGUGCUUCACCGAGCACGAGAAGUACACUACGUACUCUGCUAUCCCGUACGUGACGCCCACCCCGCAUGCGCAUACUACGUUAUCUCCAGAGUACACCGCGCCGCCAGCGUAUACUUAUACCUACUCACCGACCUUGGUGACAUAUGCGACGCCCACAGGAUAUUAUAAUCCUACGGGAACGCCGGCACAGUUCACGGGCGCGGCCGUGAACAAGGAGGUUAAGGCUGCGGGUGUUGUUGGUGGUGCUAUCCUUGCGCUCGCUGCUCUCUUGUAG